ACUUAAAUGCAACAGCUUUUUUAUUUUUAUUUAUUUAUUUUUUGAUCUGUUCUACUUGAUUUCCCCUAUGCAGUUCUGAUUCCUGUAUAGGGGGAUCCCUCUCUCCCCGGUGCACAGGUCCAUACAUGCAGAUACCUCUCGUGUAUUUGAGGAUCUGUACACCUCGGGACGUGCAGUGCGGACUGCGUGGCUAUUCCCGAGUCGGCUCUGCAGGCCUGUGUAGGGCCUGCCCCUCCGUUACACUAUUUCCAGAUUUGUUGACCUACAGAAUGCUUCGAUACCCGUAUUUUUGUAGACUCUAUAAAGAAUUCCUUUCAUGCUGGUGGGAAUCUGGCAUGUUUAAUUCAGGUGUCUGGCCAAAAAGAAUACAUGAUACAGCACAAAGGUAUAAUGAGUGUGAAGCCCGGGAGCAAACAGAUCAAACUGGAACUCAAGAGAUGCACAGACCUCAGGAUAGAGAUAACGAAGCUGUGACUAAGUUACAUAUCCCAGUCAUGGUGGAUGAAGUUGUUCGUUGUUUGGCACCACAGAAAGGCCAGUUUGGGCCAAAACUGACUGCCACUGCCUCCCUUCUUUGGGUCAAGAUAUCUGCUGCAACAAAUCAGGACAAUGUCCUCCUUCUUUCAUGUCAAAUAUACUUCCAGAAGUGGAAUCAUUGGAUCAUACGUAAACAGAUCCGAGCUCUGCUAGGCCAGUUCAGCCAGGCAGAAGCCUUAUUAAUGAAAGCUGGAGUACAGCCAGGGACCUUGGAUGGAGUUCUUCUGGAUCCUGGGUGUUCCUCCAUGCAACUUGAUGCUCCUGAAAGAGGUUUUUCCCUUCGGAAGGACGGCCCCUUGGACAUGAGAAUGGAUGGUGGCAGGUACCCUGACAUGCCCACCGCAGCUGAUGUUGUGAACGCUUUAGAUCAACAGGCACUUGCAUCCAUCCUGAGAACAUACGGGGAGGAGAAGCAUGCCAAGAAAAUCGCUUCAGCAAUCGUUCAGGCACGCAGCCUCUACCCCAUCUCCAGAACCCAGCAGCUUGCCAGCAUCGUUGCAGGUGCAUUUCCUCCCUCUGCUGUUUUUGCACGGAAAGACUUGCUACAACGAUCUACCCAUAUUGCUACCAAGACUUUCCAAGCUUUUCGAAUAUUUGUGAACAAUGAGCUCAAUGAACUUUACACAGGAUUGAAGACAGCUCAAAAGUUCCUGAGACCUGGUGGCCGUCUUGUUGCACUCUCCUUCCAUUCAUUAGAGGAUCGCAUUGUCAAACGAUUCUUGCUUGGGAUAAGCAUGACAGAAAGGUUUAAUCUUAGUGCUAGACAGAAGGUGAUACAAGCAUUAAAGUUGGGUUCAGGUCGUGAAAACAUGGAAGGAGCCUCUAUAAGCAAGGCCCCUUUAAUGUGGGAAUUAAUACACAAGAAAGUACUUACUCCAGACGAUCAGGAGGUGCAAGAAAACCCCAGAGCUCGUUCAGCCAAGCUCAGAGCAGCCAUCAAAUUAUGAGAAUGUUUUCAUCAUUUGAUCCUUUAAGUCCCCCCCCACAGUUUCUCUUCUUUUGUUGUGAUAUUACUGAACAACUUAAUAUAAGAAAGUAUGAGAAUUUAUAUCUAUAUAAAGAGAUAUACUGUAUAUGUGUGGAAAUUAAGGAUAUUUACCAUUUUUUUCCUUAGAAAGAAAAUGUCAGAAAUAUUAGCAUGACACAGAAAGUUCAACUCAAGGAGCAGCAGCAUCUCAAAACUGGAAAAAUGUGUUUAUCUGAGCAUUAUAUUUAAUUAUGAAAUACAGUCCUUUCUCUAAAAUCAGGAAAUUUUUUAAAAUGAAGAAUACUGUGAAUAUCUAAAUAUGUAAAUUCAAGCUGUCAAAAGAGAGAAGUUAUAAUUGUAUCUGCAUGCUCUAGAUUCUGAAUUUAGAUAUUCACAUUUGCAACAGACUUUCUGUGGGUCAAAUAAUUAGUAAUGAUCAUGAAAGAAAUUUUUAUUUUUAUUUAG